AGUGGGUUUAAAUGACACCUUUCAUCAUGUAAGCAGCCAAAUUCUUCUAAUGUCUCCUUUUCCAGAUGUGCAUACAGCAUUCAAUUUAAUUAGACAAGAAGAAGGCAAGCAACAGAUGCAUUUGACAGAGUCCACUGUAGAGACUCCUCUGGCUAUGGCUUUCACAAAAGCCAACAAUUUCCCUUCUAAACAGCCUUUCAAGCACAACACAGGAGGACCAAGAAGGGACUCUGAAAGUACAACAAAAAGCUCGAAGGAGGGCAUGUACUGCAAGCAUUGCAGAAAAGACAACCAUAACACAGAAAAAUGUUUUAGAUUGUUUGGCUUUCCUCCAAGGAAGAAACCCAACAACAAUGGUAGAUCCUAUUCUGCUAAUCAAGUCACUUCUCAUUCUGAGGAGUCCAGCAAUCAACAAAUGGAUCUCACCAACAAUCAAUGCAAUCAGAUCAUUGAGUUUCUCAAAACAAAAGUAAAUGGGGACUCUUCUCAGCACCAUGCAGCUUCAGUUUCUGCAAUUUCAGGAUCCAGUCACCUUGAAGAAAACUGGCAUGGGCAGCAUGAUUAAGGGGCUUUAUGUCUUCAAUCCUGAUGAAGAACAUAACAUUUUGUCCUCUAGUAAUGUUUUUUCUGUUUCUACCAGUAGAUUGUGGCACAUGAGACUGGGUCAUCCCUCUCAUGCUGUAAGCCAAAUGCUACCAACUAUUUUGGGUAGAAAUAAAGAAGAUUGUAAUGAAUGUUUAUUUGGAAAAAUGAAGAGACUUCCAUUUUCUAUUAGUAACUCUCUGUCUUCAUCUUGUUUUGACAUGGUUCACAUGGACAUUUGGGGUCCAAAUUCCACAACCUCCAUAGAUGGCUAUAGAUAUUUCCUUACUGUUGUUGAUGACCAUUCUAGAAUGGUUUGGGUUUAUCUCUUAAAAUCUAAAGAUGAGACAAGAAAAUAUAUAAAAGGUUUCAUUAACCUAGUUCAAACUCAGUUUAAUAAAAGAGUUAAAAUAUUAAGAUCUGAUAAUGGAAAAGAGUUUCUUAUGACAGAUUUUUAUUUAGAACAAGGAAUUAUCCAUCAAAAAUCUUGUCCUUACACUCCACAACAAAAUGGGAUAGUGGAAAGAAAACACCAAACUCUUCUAAAUAUGGCUAGAGUUCUUAGAAUUCAAAGUGGUCUACAUGAGCAUUUUUGGUCUUUUUGCAUCAAAACUGCAGUCUUCUUAAUAAACAGACUUCCCUCAAGAGUACUAGACCAGAAAGCUCCGA